CGCUCUAUAGGGUGGACACCUUUGGGCGCGUGGACGAAGCGCGCGCGUCCACUUGCUCCGUUCAGUGCGAGGCACCCAUAGGAGACACCACUCACACUCUGCUCUACACCAGGACUCUCAGGGAUAAAAGCUUUUAUCGGGUCAGUGGGAUUGUAUGAAGGUGUUUUCGUGGAAUUUUGAGGUGGAAUUGAAGAGAAGGCGCCAUUAGGCUGUCCAAGGCUGGACCUCAUCAUCACUUCCUGUUUCUUUACGAGUGGCGAUGGUGAUUGACAGAUGAUUUGAAAGAGGAAGACAUCAGGUGAGAGAAAAGUGAACUUCUUCUUCCUCCUUAAACUUUUUACGCCGUCUCUGCGCUGGUUAUUAUGGGGUGUGUCUGUUGCAAGCGGAAAAAGUCUGCCAAAGAAGCAGCAUCAUCAGCAGACAUUGCAGAUCUGUCUCCUAGCAACGCAGAUGGAGUGUCGUCCACGGCCUUGACUCAGGGCCGUUACUGCCCGGACCCCACUCAGAGCAUCCCGGACUUCAACAAGGGCUUUUCCUCCAGCGCUAUCUUCGCCAACACCAACACACACCAGCGGCCUGGAGGUGGUGGAGUCACUCUCUUUAUAGCUCUGUAUGACUAUGACGCUCGCACUGAAGAUGACCUGACGUUUCAGAAAGGAGAGAAAUUUCAGAUCAUCAACAACACGGAGGGUGACUGGUGGGAGGCUCGCUCUUUGGACACGGGCAACUCAGGUUACAUCCCGUCCAAUUACGUAGCUCCUGUUGACUCCAUACAGGCUGAAGAGUGGUAUUUUGGGAAGAUGGGGAGGAAGGAUGCGGAGAGACAACUGCUGGGUCAGGGCAACCAGAGGGGUACUUUCCUCAUACGAGAGAGCGAGACCACCAAGGGUGCUUACUCUCUGUCUAUCCGUGACUGGGAUGACAACAAGGGAGAACACGUAAAGCAUUAUAAGAUCCGCAAACUAGACAACGGUGGUUACUACAUCACUACCAGAUCUCAGUUUGACACCGUGCAGCAGCUGGUAGAGCACUACACAGAGAGAGCGGCGGGACUGUGCUGCCGUUUGAUUGGCAGUUGUAAGCGGGGCAUGCCUAAGCUGGCUGACUUAUCGGUGAAGACCAAGGAUAUGUGGGAGAUUCCCCGUGAAUCCUUGCAGCUGAUUAAGAAACUUGGCAACGGCCAGUUUGGAGAAGUCUGGAUGGGAAUGUGGAACGGUACCACCAAGGUAGCAGUGAAGACUCUGAAGCCAGGGACUAUGUCCCCUGAGGCCUUCCUGGAGGAGGCUCAGAUCAUGAAGAGACUCCGCCAUGACAAGCUGGUGCAGCUCUACGCCGUCGUGUCUGAGGAGCCUAUCUACAUUAUCACUGAGUUCAUGAGUCAAGGAAGUUUGUUGGACUUCUUAAAAGAUGGUGAGGGUCAGAGUCUGAAGCUGCCUCAGCUGGUGGACAUGGCUGCACAGAUCGCAGCUGGAAUGGCAUACAUCGAGAGGAUGAACUACAUCCAUCGUGACCUGCGAGCAGCUAACAUCCUUGUUGGAGACAAUCUGGUGUGCAAGAUCGCUGACUUUGGCCUGGCUCGACUCAUUGAAGACAACGAAUACACAGCCAGACAAGGGGCCAAGUUUCCCAUCAAGUGGACGGCUCCAGAAGCAGCAUUGUACGGGCGCUUUACCAUCAAGUCAGAUGUGUGGAGCUUUGGCAUCCUGUUAACUGAGCUCAUCACUAAGGGACGGGUGCCAUACCCAGGCAUGAACAACCGUGAAGUUCUGGAGCAGGUGGAGAGGGGAUACCGGAUGCCCUGUGCCCCAGGGUCCCCCGCCUCGCUCCAUGAACUGAUGCUGCAGUGCUGGAGGCGGGAGGCCGACGAAAGGCAUACAUUUGAGUACCUGCAGUCCUUCUUGGAAGAUUACUUCACUGCCACAGAGCCGCAGUAUCAACCGGGAGAAAACCUGUGACCACACAAACACACACAGGGGACAAAUAUGGAGCAAUAAAUGGACAAACAACACACACACUCACACAAACAGUACGCAUAUAUAAUACAUAUCAUUGCAUUGUUUGAUUGUGUAGAUGCGGUUUCCCUUCUUUUGGUCUUCAUACUCUGCAGUCCAUUCAGGACACAUCACUCAACCAUCAUGAAGAGCAGAGUUGGAGCUCUGCUCAUCAGGCCUUGCAGUAAUGUUGCUUUACUCUGUAACCAUGACAACAAGGAACUGAAAGAAGAUGUAGAUGGUUGUGUUGAGGUGGGGGGAAGUCAGAUUGGAACAUGAUGUGAUCAGCUGCCAUAUAUGUUCAGAUCCUUUGAUAUGUGUGUCUGAGAAAAUAAAUGUUGUAAGCAGACGUUUUACCUAUAACUGUUGAUACAGACAUAAAAGAGAGUGCAAUAGAUUUCAGAUCUAACUAUAACAUCUUUGAGAAAGAGUCAAAAUGAACCUGGUGAAACUGCAUGGUAACUGAGCAGAUUAUGCACACAGACACAUAUCAGUCAUCUUAAAUGAGGACUAAUUUCAAACAAUGCACCAACCUGUGCCUAAAUGUGGUCAAAGGAAAGGCUAUUUUAGGUUUAAAAUACAUUUAAAACUUAGUAUAGUCUGAGAGAUUGUAAGAAAUGCUCUUAUUUGACUUUUUAUGUUAAUAUAAAUUUUGUAUGAACUGUCUCUGUUGUUAUAAUUUAACUCAGACAUAUCUGAGCAUCACAAAACUUCUUUAUCUAGUUAACAUGUAUAGGCCUACAGUUUUCAUUCAUUGGGAGGGCAGGGAUAUAUGUUAAACACAAAGGGGAAGAUCAGGGUCAGUAGAUUUUGGAAAAAGAGUGUUUUACAUAUAUGUGUGACCUUUGUGUUGAGAUUCCCCUGUCAUGGUAUUGUAAUAAAGAUAUCUUUUCUGGGUAA